CCCGCAGCACAUUCCGACUUGGGGAGCGGGGAACCCCCCCCCCCGGAGCAUACUCUCACUGGGGAUCCCCUCAGGGCAGUGCCCGCAACAUGGAGCACCGCAUCAUCGGACCGGGACCAUACAGGGCCACCAAACUGUGGAAUGAAACGAUUGAGCUGUUUCGUGCCGGAAUGCCACAGAAAAGGCACCGGGUCCAUUUCAAAAUACACGACCGAUGCUUUAGUGCCACAGAGGCUGUGGACUUCCUGCAUGAACUGCUGCAGUGCAACCAGAACUUUGGGCCUGAGGUUACCCGCACCCAAACCAUCCAGCUGCUGAAAAAGUUCCAGAAGAAUCACGUCAUUGAGGAUGUAAAAGGGAGAUGGGGCAAGGAAGACUUUGAAGAUAACGGCUGCCUUUACAGAUUUCCACCAACGUCCCCACUGAAGCCCUACCCAAAAAGACCCCCCUGCAGAGUUGAACCCAUUCCUUUUCCACAGUGGAGUGACCAGGGGUCACUGACAUCUCGGGUGCAAAUACAUGGGAAGUCCAUUGAUAUGAACUCUGAAGCAUGGUACAAGCGUCACAGCAUAGCAAUCGGGGAGGUGCCUAUGUGCCGUCUGGUUAAGCGGAGGGAAUUAACGGCAGCUCAUGUUGAGGAAAUAUGGAAAUCAAGAACUCUGCUCCAGCUAAAGAAAAUCCUAGGGCUCGAUUCCCUGAAUGACGUGAUGGAUACAAAAUGGGUGGAGGCAAAGCACAUAUUGCACAACAUCCAUAACACCAAUAAGCAGGGGAUUGUUGUAUUAGAUGACAGAUCAAAAGAGCUCCCUCACUGGCUGCUCUCAGCCAUGAAAUGCUUGGCAAACUGGCCGAACUGUUCAGACUGGAACCAGCCAAUGUAUUUGGGGUUUGAGAGAGAUGUUUUCAGAACAAUCACAGAUUAUCACAGUUUCCUGAAGGAGCCACUUCUCACUUUCCAUCUUUUCGAUGUUUUUGUAAAUGCUCUGGGCCUUCUGCAGAAAAAGCGCGUUGCAAUUGAAGCACUUCAGCUCUGCUGCCUGCUCCUGCCUCCAGAAAAUCGAAGGAAGCUGCAGCUCCUAAUGAGGAUGAUGGCAAAAAUAAGCCUGAACAGAGAAAUGCCACCUCUGCGGGAUUCCACCGGUAACCGGGCGCUGAUGGUACAGACCUUUUCCCGCUGUAUCCUUCGUUCUAAGGACGAAGUGGAUUUAGAUGAACUUCUCUCCACCAAACUGGUGACUUUCAUGAUGGAUAAUGCUCCAGAUAUUCUCACUGUGCCCAUAACCUUAAAGAACAACAUAGAAGAUUAUGUUGCCCAUCAGCGAAGAGUUCAGAUCAAGUACCCAGGAUCUGAUAUGGAGACCACACUCAAUCCCACCUUUGUCCAACCCCAGGCCCCGGCUCAUGAUUAUGAAUACCAGAAGUUAAGCCGACCUGAAGAUCCAGCGAAAAUUCUGCUGGAGGAAAUUCUAUCAAAUAAGCAAAUCUCUGCAAAGGAAAAGAAGAAGCGACUCAAACAGUUCCAGAGAUGCCACCCAGAGAUAUACAAGCAACGCUUUCCAACACCUGACAGCGAAGCAGCACUUUUUCCAGAGAGACCAAGCUUAAAGUCACAACUCUCAUUUUUCACACUGAAGCGACCUUUCCAAUCAUUUCAGAGGACCCGGAGCUUUCGCAUGUAGCCGCGGUUAUUUGCCCUUAUCGAGACUUGAACUUGUCACAUACACAGGAUGACAAUGAAUGUCGGCUGCUGGAUGGAAGUUCCUGGACAAGCACGGAGACACUGGAUUUUACCCCAAACCUUUAUCAGUAUUGUGCACAUAUGUUUGUAAUAGGUCAGCUAUGUUUGGAGAUGUAUGUGUGGAACCCAUUGGGUGCCUGUGCUGUGGCGUUUACGUGUGCGUGAGGAACAUGAAUUUGGAACAUUUCA